GCCGGCCUGCGUGGAGCUCGGUGAUCUGCGGAGCCGAGAGAGAGAGAGACGCCUGGCUGGCUUCCCGGGGGCGGCGAGGCGGAGACCGGCCGCGGCCAGGCCUGGCCUGGCCUGCAGUGCGCUAAGACGCGCCAGAGCCUUUCAACUGCUCCUGCCCCAAGCAGGCGAACCGAGGGGAGAUGGAAGCCACCGGAUUCCCCGACACGCCAAGCAAUCUCUGUGCAGGAGAAGAAGCACCUCCUUCACAAAGGAAAGACACUUUAAUGGUGACUUCCGUGUUCCUCCGGGUAGCCUUCAGUCUGAUUGGCUGGUUCUUUCUCUACUCCUGGUCUUGCCAUUGGUUCAAGCACCGUACCUACGAGUGGAGCUGCCGGUUGGUCACUCUGACCCACGGAGUCCUGGUCACUUGCCUCUCUGGCUACAUUGGUUUCAUCGACGGCCCAUGGCCAAUGUCUUAUCCGGGAUCGCCAAACACCCCUCUCCAGAUCCACGCAAUGUACAUGAGUUUGGGUUACUUCCUGUUUGACUUAGGGUGGUGUGUCUACUUCCAGGCCGAAGGGGCGUUGAUGCUCGCCCAUCAUACCGUGAGCAUCGCCGGGAUCACCGUGUCCCUAAUCUUGGGAGAGUCAGGAGCCGAGGUCAACGGCGUCCUCUUUGGCAGCGAGAUCACCAACCCGCUCUUGCAGGCCCGGUGGUUUCUGCGGGAGAAGGGGCUCUACCACAGCUUCGCGGGGGACGUGGUGGACUUCUUCUUCAUCGUGCUCUUUACGGGCGUGCGCAUCGGGGUCGGGGCCUGGCUGAUGUACUGCGUGGUGACGUCGCCCAAGCCCAAGUGGUUCAUCAAAGUCGGAGGAGUGAUCAUGUAUGCCGUCUCUUUGGUCUUCAUGGUCAGCAUCUGCCGGUUCGCCCGGCGAAAAAGCAUGAAGAAGUACCAUGCCUGGAGGAGUCGGUUCAGUCAAGAGAUGAACUCGAAUGCCAACGGGCACCUAAAAAGCCAUUGACCCUCCCCCCCUUUCCCAGGGCUGGAUCCACAUUCAUGAUCUGGCAGUCAAAGGUGUCCAGGUCAGCAGGACCAUUUUUGGGAGGAGAGCCACAAUGGAGUAACAGUACAGCACAGCAUAGCGGGUAGAGUUUUGGACUAGGACGGGAGAGUCCCGGGUUCGAAUCCCCACUCGGCUUAGUGAGUGACCUUGGGUCAGGCACUGUCUGUCUCCACAAAGCUUGCCUUGCAGCGGUCUUGUGAUCACUUCCACAUUUGCUGCCCGGAGCUUUCUAGAGGAACGGAGGUAUACAAAUGUGGGAAGUGUCACACCGGAGACCAGCGGGGUGGGUUUUAUCCCUGGCACAACUCCACCAGUCUUAGUGAACUUACACCGUAGAAACUUCUCCAUGCAGCGGAAGAUACUGGGACGGUGUCUAUGCUACAAACAAAGCGUAAAAGGCUAGCUGGCGCAAUUGAAUUGCUUGCGCUGGAGGGGGGAGCGCAUGGGAUGAAUGCCUUUAGGCAACAACUCUUCCAAUACUGCCGUAAGCGCAAGAGGAUUUUAAAUCGCGAUUGAUACAUUCCAGCCGUCGUGGCACUGCACACCUGAUGCGCCUGGAGUAUUCCCCAUAUUUAUUUAUUUAUUUUAUUAAUUAAUUUAUUUAUUUAGAGAAUGUGUAUGCUGCCUCUCCAGAACCUUCAGACAGCAGAGUUUAUUGUACUUGGAAACCAGAAGGAGUGGGCGGAGCUCAAGGUUUCCAUCUCUGCCACUAGCUUUACCAAAGGUUCCAUCUGGCCCAGCGUCUUGUUUCCAACUGAGGUCAACCCUAUGCUUCUACUAAGCUCCUGCAUGGGGUAUGAAGAAGAGGAUUUUCCCAAUCUCAGCUAGCUUCCUCCCAGCAUCUUCUGAGAUUCAGAGAUCUACUGCGUCUGAACGAGGAAGAUCUCUGUAAGAGUCCUCUAGCUGCUCCGGAGACGGGCCUCAGUUUCCCCUGCAUUAAAAUGGAGGGCGGGGGGGAGGACGAAGGCCUCUCCCCACUGCGCUGAGGCGUCAUUCCGCUUUCAGUAGAAAUGGUGCUUUCAAAUAGGUACGAGAGUUGUUCCAGCAGUAAACUGCCAGUUUAAAUAUAAUAUAUAUCUAUUUUUGGUCCUUGUAAAUAUAACGUAAGCACCUUUAGGAUGCAAAGGUGGCUCUUA